AUGGGUCAACGCCAACUUCCCCCUCCCGAUGAGAAGAGAGAAACCCCUGCCAUCAGGCGAAGGAAGAUCUAUCACAUCAACGAUCCCGAGGCUAUCAAGCUUCGCUGUUCAGAUGAACCACAUCAGUCAGGAUACACGGUAUUCGGCAAAUGGGCAGUUGACGAUACGCCACUGGACUAA